AUGUUGCUUAGAAGCCUUUGUUUUCUGCUGCGCUGCUUGCUAUCCUCGAAGCAUGGUGCUGUUGAGGUCUUGCCGGCUCUGCUCACAGUAGCCUUCUUGAGCGGCAGUCGCCCUGCUGCUGUCCCGAGGUCGUGGCUCCGCACCCUCCUGGUCCUCCCUUUGCCGGCCGAGGCGCAGGUCUCUGCGGGCUUGAGGAGCCUUGCCCGGAGCUCUCGGCCAAAGCCAGAGACGGGGGUCCAGCUCAGCAGCCUCGGUGUGAUGGAAGGCCAAGCAGAUGAGAGUGGCUUGCACCUGGUGGCUGCAGAGGUGUUGGGCUCCAACAAUCAAAGGAUCACCGUGAGCUUCAGCACCUCUUGGCCAGUGACAUCGGACCGCAGUGCUUCCAGCAAAAGCUUAGAAGUCCGAUCCAAAGGUGCCACCAUCUUCCUCCAGGUGAUUCGAGGCUUGGCCCUCACAAGUGAGAACCUCGUCGAAGAAGUGCUGAGCAGCAAAGGCAAAUUCGGUGCUUACGGCCUUCCGGACGCGGUGGAGGUGGUGAAAGACAACAUCCAAGAUGACAGGAGGCAGAUGACGAUCCAGUUCACCUCCUACUCUCCAAGGGGUGUGGGUUUCUCAUACCGGGCCAUGCUCCAAGCCAUCCCAGUGAAUGGCGACAUUUUCGUACUGGUGGGAUCAGCCCUGGAAGAGAAAUGGCCCGAAGACCAGAUACGCCGGACCUUAAGUUCCUUUCGCGUGGAUGCGUCCAAAGCAGCUGAGACUUAG